AUGACUCCGGCGGAAGAGGAGAAGGGCGCCCUGACGCGGUCCGAGGGCAUGCGAGCUAGUCCUGGCCAGCCCCAGUGGGCAUGUGCUCGGGUCCCGCUCACAGGUCCAAGAACCAGGACAUCCCGCUGGAACCCACCAAGACCACGACCUGCCAUGGCGGGGGUCACCGACACUCGCUCUUUCACAAAUCAACACUUCAGACCAACACCAGAACCUCACGGAUUCCACAGGCUGCAUGUGUCGCUCGCGGUUAAAGGCGCCACCCGGGAGUGUGUGUGGCCCCAGUUAUGCACGAGCACUGCUCUAGCGCUGCAGCCUGACCCGGCGUCACGCUCCUUAAGGUUUUCAAGUGGGCUCUGCAUUGCCCAGUCCGUGAGAAUCCCCCAAGAGCGCAAAGACAGGACCAUUGACUUUGAUAGAAUUAUCAAACAGCUCCUGGACACCCCCAACUCCAGGGCCGUCGUGAUUUUUGCCAACGAUGAGGAUAUAAAGCAGAUCCUUGCAGCAGCUAAAAGAGCUGACCAAGUAGGCCAUUUUCUUUGGGUGGGAUCAGACAGCUGGGGAUCCAAAAUAAACCCACUGCACCAGCAUGAAGAGAUCGCAGAAGGAGCCAUCACCAUCCAGCCCAAGCGAGCAACUGUGGAAGGGUUUGAUGCCUACUUUACUUCCCGUACACUUGAAAACAACAGAAGAAAUGUAUGGUUUGCUGAAUACUGGGAAGAAAACUUCAACUGCAAGUUGACGAUUAGUGGUUCAAAAAAAGAAGACACAGAUCGCAAAUGCACAGGACAGGAGAGAAUUGGAAAAGAUUCUAACUAUGAGCAGGAAGGUAAAGUUCAGUUCGUGAUUGACGCAGUCUAUGCCAUGGCUCAUGCCCUUCACCAUAUGAACAAGGAUCUCUGUGCUGACUACCGGGGUGUCUGCCCGGAGAUGGAGCAAGCUGGGGGCAAGAAGUUGUUAAAGUACAUUCGCAAUGUUAAUUUCAAUGGUAGCGCUGGCACUCCAGUGAUGUUUAACAAGAAUGGUGAUGCACCUGGGCGUUAUGACAUCUUUCAGUAUCAGACGACAAACACCACCAACCCUGGUUACCGUCUGAUUGGGCAGUGGACAGAUGAACUUCAGCUGAAU